UGACAGGUUUUUGCGAGCAGUUUUCACUCAGAACGUCGUUGUUGAAUUGUUUUUCUCGCAAUAUUUUUGGAUUUUGUUCAUUUUUUGUGAUUGUUGCUUCGUAAUUGUAGUCUAUAUACCGCAAAAUGUCAGACACGGAAGACGAAGUGCAAGCGAGACAUCGCAAGGAAAAAAAGGAACUUCAUGCGAAAAUUACAGCUCUGAAAAAGUCGUCGGGCAAGAAAAACAAGAAAGAAGUCCAAAGCGAAAUUGAAAAACUCGAAAAAGAACUCGAAGAACGUCAUUUGGAAGAGUUGAAAAACCUGAAAAUCUCCGAAAACAAGUCGGAAACCUCCAAACCAGCAUUAGUUGCGCCGGAAUCGUUCAUCAAAACGGACGAGAGCGAGUCACAUCGCGUUUCCAAGGCCCAAAAACGUCGCGAAAAGAAAAACGAGAAGGAACGCGAACGUCAAGCCGAAAUCGAAAAGGAAACGGAACUCAAUAAAGAUGGUCCACGCAACACGGAGAACAAAAAAAUCAACGAUUUGUUGCAAAAACAAAAUUUAAGCCUCUUUCCCAUUGCAGCGGAUGGCGAUUGUUUGUACAACUCGAUAAUCCAUCAACUCAAAAGCACCGGGCGUCAAGCGCUGACAGUCUCGGAGCUCCGGGAAGUUGCUGCCGAGUACAUUAGAAAUCACAAAGUCGAGUUGCUGCCGUACAUCACGAACCCGGAGACCGACGAAUGCUUGAAUGACAUCGAAUUUGAGGAAUAUUGCGAUAAUAUUCGGAAUACCAAAUGCUGGGGCGGGCAAAUUGAGAUAAUGGCGAUAUCGAAUGCUCUUAAAGUGCCCAUCGAAGUGCUGCAGGCAACGGGUGUUCCGACAAUGCAGACGAAAGUCGGGUAUGAGGAACCGAAGUUGGUGUUGACGUAUCAUCGACACUUUGUGGCACUUGGCGAGCAUUACAAUUCGACACAGCCGUUGGUGAUAAGUGAAGAAGAAGAUUAAAUUUAGAUAAUUUUUUUUUGGGCAAUAAAUCUUUUUUUUUUGACGUCAUUUUUUCAGUUAUCUUAUGGAAUUUUUUUUAUUUAAAUUUCGAAUCUCAGUAAAGAAAUAAAUAUUAGAUGUUUCAAGGA